UUGCCAUUGCAAAUGUUCAAUCAGAGCCAAAACAAAACAAAUCUUUGGUUUCAUGUUCCUAUGAAUAGUAGCUGCCUAAACACAUAGUCUCUUAAGUCUGUUUUGCAUUGCUAUUACAGAAUACCCGAUACUGGAUAGUAUAUACAUAAAAGAGCUUAUUUAGCUCACCAUUCUGGUGGAUGGAAAGUCCAGCAGCAUGGUACCAGUGUCUGACAAGGGUCACCCCUGUCCAAAUCACAACAUGGCAGAGAAACAGAAAGAGAACCAGCUGCACAUAGAAGGAGCAGGUAUGCGAGCAAGGAAGCAGGAGAGCAGGGAGGGGCCAAGCUUGCUGUUUUAUAAUGUCCAGCUUGCAAGACACUCCCCACUCAGCAAGAGCAGCAUGAAUCGCUUUUGAGGCUGUCAUGACCCAGUCUCCUCUCACUAGGCCUUGAAGAUUCCACCACCCUUCAGAAUCACCACAUUACAGACCAAGCUUUCUGCACAUGGACCCUUGAAGAACAGGCUCAAACCCUAGCGUGUUGAAUAUAUUUCAGGAAAGGUUUUUUUCACCACCUCUUCUGAUUUGAAUAUGCUAAAGAAAUUAAAAUCUGCAGAAAGAUUAUUUUUGCUGAUUAAAAAGCAGUCUCCAUUUACUGUUUCUUCUCCACGUAAAGGAAAAAUACUUAAUGAAAUACAAAAACUUAUAAAUGAUGAUCCAGGAAGUUGGUUGGAUACCAUUUCAAUUUGGAAAAAUCUUCUUGAACUUGAUACAAAAAAGGAAACACUUUCUCAAAGGGCUUCUAACCCACUAAAAAGAAAAAUGGGAGAAAAUGAAAUUAUUGCUAAGAAAUUAAAAGUAGAAGAAAUGCAAAAGAUUGAAACAACUCAUAAGGAAUGCCAGCUGGAAAAACAAAUAGAAGAAAAUGCACUCGAGCAAAGAGAUUCUGUCACUGGCCAAGAAACACUUCAAGAAGAAGAAUGUCAGAAUGAUGUAGGGAAAGCAGUUGAUGCUCAUAACCAGGACGACUUGACUUUCCGGGUUUCUUGUCGCUGUAGUGGAACUAUCGGAAAAGCCUUUACUGCACAGGAGAUAGGAAGAGUAAUUGGAAUUGCUCUUAUGAAGCAGUUUGGAUGGAAAACAGAUUUGAGGACUCCAAAUUUAGAGAUCUUUGUACAUCUAAAUGACAUUUACUUUGUGGUGGGGAUUCCUGUGUUCAGAAUCCCCUUAGCCAGCAGAACUUACAUCAAGACUGCUGGACUUCGAUCCACCAUUGCGUGGGCAAUGGCAUCUCUUGCAGAAAUUAAGCCUGGUGCAUUUGUUUUAGAUCCAAUGUGCGGACUUGGAACAAUACUUUUGGAAGCUGCUAAAGAAUGGCCAAGUGCGUACUAUAUGGGUGCUGAUGUCAGCGACUCACAGUUACUUGGCGCAUGUGACAAUCUGAAAGCUGCAGGCCUUAAGGAUAAAAUUGAGUUGCUUAAAGUCUCUGUUAUAGAAUUGCCACUGCCUUCAGACAGUGUCGAUAUUAUUAUUUCUGACAUUCCAUUUGGAAAAAAGUUUAAAUUAGGAAAAGACAUCAAAAGCAUUCUACAGGAAAUGGAAAGAGUGCUGCAUGUUGGUGGAACCAUUGUCUUGUUGCUUAAUGAAGAUCACCACAGGCUCCUUAAAGACUGCAGAGAGGGCAAUAGCCCUCUCAACUCCAAGGGCAGCCACACCCAUGAACCUGAAAUUAAGAAAUGCUUGAAUCCUGAAGAAAACACUGGCACAUCAGAGAUGGUUCCAUCUUCACAUGAAACCAGUAACAACGCGUGCUUAAACAAAAUGUCACCUUUUGGCUCUUUGGUGCCAGUGGAAUACUACAAAGUUAGCUUAGGAAAAACAGAAGCAUUCAUAUGCAAGUAUAAGAAGUCACACAGUUCUGGACUGUAAUGGGUUUGGGCUUGCUGCUAGCGAGCCAGGUGGAAUCCUGUUUGUCCUGAGACUUUUUUUUUUUUUUUUUUUGGCACUGGGGAUUGUACCCAGGACUGUCCCACCACUGAGCUACAUUCUCAGCGCUUGCUAUUUUUUAAAUUGUGACACAGGAGACGGGAACUUACUCAGUUACAUAGGCUGGCCUCGAACUUUGAUCCUCCUGCCUCAGCCUCCUGAGUAGCUGCAUACUAUCUUAGACCACCACACUUGCUCUGAGAUUCUUUAUAGCACCCACAAUUUCAAGUAAAUAAUCCCCUGAAGACAGGAGCUAUGGUGAAUUGGCACCCUCUCAUUAAGAAUUUCUGCUUUAUGCUCCAAAGCAUUCUACAUUCUUGACAAAGAACAGUUAUUGAAUAUUUUGGAAAAAAACUCAUGUUCUAAGGUCUGUCAAUAUGAAAAUCCUGUUCUGCCAUGCACAGUUUAUGAGCAGAGACUUCUCUUCCAAAUAAAUAUUUCUAAGGGUUCACAUGAAUCCUUCAGUCAACACAAGGUUGAGAAAUUUUAACUAUCAGGUUGUAGAAACAUAGAAACCUUUAUGUGUAACUUCUUUUGAUAUUAAACUUGAUUUUUUUUGAACCUGUAAUUUUCUUCUCCAUUGGAAUGAAAAUAAUUUUUAUUUGCAGUACAUUUUAUACAGCUCGUGAUAAAAAAUAUCAGUGAAAAUAAUAACAACAUGAAUUAAGUCAGUAGCCUCCAACGUGAUAGAAAAUGAAGUUUACUUUUUCUUUCUGAACAACAUUAAUAAAUUGCCCCCUUAUA